AUGGCUGGUCUAUCUAGAGCUGAAAUUGAAGACAUUCAAGAAGUGUUCGAUUUGUUCGAUUUCUGGGAUGGCCGUGAUGGUUUGAUGGAUGCUGUCAAGGUUCCUGAUGUCUUGCGAUGUGCAGACAUGAAUCCUACCAUUGCAGUUUGUCUUAAACAUGGAGCCACCAAAAAACCCGGGGAGAAGCAGUAUAAGUUCGAUGAAUUCCUACCCAUCUAUCAAUCGAUUCUUAAGGAGAAAGAGGAAGGAACAUUUGCCGAUUUCAUGGAAGCCUUCAAGACUUUCGAUCGGGAAGGCCAAGGUUUCAUCACUGCUGCUGAGCUUCGGGCUGUUCUUACUAGCUAUGGCGAGAGAUUAUCUGAUGAACAAGUGGACAAUAUUAUAAAAGCGACCAAAAUCAACAUUGAUCGGGAUGGCAACGUCAGAUUCGAAGGUAUGUUGUUUACUUAUAAUUUAUUAGUAGGGAAUCAUUUUACGAGGCUUUUGAAGAGCGAUGUUAAAAUGACCAAAUUCGAUUUGAAUAAAACACCAGUUUCUAAGACGAUAUUGAUUGUAUUCGUCAAUUUAUUUGUGAGUUAA